AUGAAAGCCCUGUUUGAAAAUCUAAUGGAUAUUCGAGGAACUCACGUAUUAUUCAUAGCCACAACGGAUACCAAUAUCACAUCUUUAUUCGAGGACUGUCGAUCCAAUCAGAUGCUCAAUGUCCUAGCCUUGAGGGGUUCGAAUCGGGAGUUCAUAUAUAGCUAUCAUGCUUUUCCCCACUUUAAGGUCGUUCGGCGAAGGCUAGUCAAGGUCAUAAGAUAUUUUGAACCUCAGGUUGGGAACCUACAAGGAUAUCCCAUCGCCACUAUUCCAUACAGUCUGGUGCCACGUUCGGUGAUCUACAGGGACAGGGAGGGACGUCGCCAGAUGACGGGUUAUCUCACCCAUUUCUACAAGAACUUUGCCAGGAGUUUGAAUACCACAUUGCGGGUGCGAUGGGACCUCGUUCCAGAGAGCGAGACACCCGAUCACAAUGUCACCUCUGGACUAAUGAGAGAUGGACUGGUGGACUUCCCCCUGGUGCUGACCACCCUGGCUCCGGAACCCUUUUAUCCCAGCUAUGUGGCGGAGAUUACCAGCUGGUUUCUGAUGCUGCCCGUGGAGCCCGAUAUGCCACUGUCCAGUUUGUACUUUAACCUCAAGGGCUGGCCUUACUUUCUGGGCCUAAUGGUCGUGUUGGCUCUACUCCUGGCCAAUGCCCAGCUCCUGGAGUUGGGGCAGGGAUACUCCACCCUGAGGUGUGGCAACAUCUUUGCUGACCAUUUACUCAGAGCCAUCCUGGCGCAGUCCUUUGACCUGCCCAAUCGACGCCUCUUCUUCAGUCGCACUCUACUCUACAGUCUGCUGAUAAUGACAGGACUGAUAGUUAGCACCUUUUACAGCGCCAAUUUGGCGACUCUAUUGGUUCAUCCGCCGGCUGCGUACAAGAUACUGAGUUACGAGGACCUGAGGAGAACCCAUGGAAAGAUCUUCAUUUCCCAACAGGAGAUCCCGACCUUGAGUGACUCCAUUGGGAAGGAUGUGCUGGAGAAGAAUUUGGAUAUCUUUCAGGUAACCCCAUCGACUGUGGAGUUUCUGGCCAAGCGGAAUGAGCUGAAUACUUCGUUUGGUUAUCCGGUCACCAAAACCCUAUGGCCAUUACUCCAACUGAAACAAAUUAAAAUGCACCGACCUGCCUUUCGGAAAUCGAACGAGAUUAGCUUUAUGCCCUUUGUGCCAGUGACGAUGCCCAUGGCCAGGAAUUCUAUAUAUCGGGAUGCCUUCAAUAGAUAUUUGAGUCACACACUGGCCAGUGGACUGUACGAUUUGUGGCUAAAGAGAUCCUAUCAUGAACUUAUUGCCAUUGGCAAACUGAACUACACUGUGGAGCAGGCAGAGCCCGGUGGCUAUCACGAUCUCAUCUGGGAUGAUUUGUUCUACGUAUGGAUAGCAUAUAUAGGAGGGACUACUGUCAGUAUGUUGGUUCUACCUCUCGAGAUCUUGUACUACAAGUGGCAGAAGGAUCACUAG